AUGGUUCUGAGGCAACCACGGGACCCGGAGACUCCAGGGGAUUCUGCAUUUCAGAGUCAGCCCGGGUUCCUGAUUAAAGGUGCUCGCCAAAUUGGCGAACGUGCUGUCAAAGUUGAUCCCAACUUGAAGAGGCUUGAGGAGGAGGUGAAGAAACUAGGUAAAGUUUCAGCUGAGGUUAGUACUAGUACUUUUCUUCGUCUUAUAGAUGGCGCAAAGCAGGAGCAGCAGCGUGAGUUGUCCGAAGAACGUGAAACAGGAUCCUUCCCUACAAAUGAUCUCAUCGGUAGAAGGGAGGCUAAGGAUGUUGUUAUGCAGUGGUUGAAGAGGCCAUCAAAUGAGCCUCGGGGAGCUAAGGAUGUUGUUAUGCAGUGGUUGAAGUGGUUGAAGAGGCCAUCAAAUGAGCAUCGGGGAACUGAUUUGUAUAGAAACAUUUCUCUUCUAUCUUUUGUGGGCCAUGGUGGUAUGGGAAAGACAACUCUGUUGCAACAUGUCUAUAACGAUGAAAUCACACAGGAAUUUAAUCUUAAAACGUGGGUUAGUGUUUCCAACAACUGUGAUGUGAAAAAAGUCAUUGCAGAUAUAUUGGAAUCUCUUAAGAAGGAGAGGAUAUGUUUGGAGAAAAUUGCUGCACUUCAAGAUAGCCUUCGGACUGGGAUUAUAUCAAAAAAGUUCUUACUUGUGCUGGAUGACAUUUGGGAGGAGGAAGAUAAUGGGAAAUGGGAGAAGUUGCUCUCCCCUCUGGCUCAUGGGAAUAUUGGUAGUAGAAUUUUGGUAACAACUCGAAUGGACUCGGUUGCAAUGUUGAUUGAAAAGAGAACCCCCCUGAAAAAUUUAAGAGACAUUGCUGGAGAGAUGGUUAAAAAGCUUUUAGGAUCUCCUUUGGCAGCGAAGGUCAUUGGUGGUGUUCUAAGAGACAAAUUGGAUGAAUCGCAUUGGAGGAAACCAACUCAAGGAAUGACUAUGGAGGAUUUCAGAGGAAGGUAUUUUGAUGUUUUACUCAAAAAAGCUUUAUUUGACAAGGUCAAAUAUGACUUCAUUGUCAGAGAUGACUACAAGAUGCAUGAUUUAAUACAUGAGCCAGCAUCUAAAUUUUUUGCACAAGAAUGCAUUAAUGCUUUGGAUGAUGAAAGGUCAUUUCUCGAAAUUUCUGAGACUAUUCGACACUUGUCUGUUCUAAAUGCAAAGUCAUACAUCUUAAGAAAGAUUGAGAAGUUUAAACAUUUGCAUUCUCUUUUCUUGUUCUAUAAAGCUUCUGAUGAGGAUAUUUCUAGUGCACUUACAAAAAUAUUCGAAGCAUCGACAAACCUACGGUUAUUAUACGUAUUUGCUUCAUACUUAAAAGUAAUACCCGAGGAGAUUGGAAAUUUAAAACAUCUUCGAUAA